AUGAACAGAAUCGGCAGCGACAUCACGAUCCGGGAGGUCUGGGAAGACAACCUCCGUGACGAGUUCGGCCAGAUCGGCGAGAUCGUUGACAUAUACCCCCACGUCGCCGUGAACGUCGAGUUCCCCGGCGAAAUCGUUCAGCGUCUCGGCAACUUCGAAAGCCCCGCCGACUCCCGCUACCAGACUCUCCAAACUAACGUCGAACUCCUGCACCCCAUCCGGAUCACCUUCACCUUCUUCGACGAUGCCGGCGACCUCCCCCGCUUUUCUUCCGACAAGGCGUGCCGCUGCGUCUGGCUGUUCAACUUCCGGGAGUUCGACGUCGAUGCUGACAUGGCCGACCCUGAUGCCGUCGAGCUCCUCCGCGGACACGGUGUCGACUUUGGGAAGUUCCGGGAGCAGGGGAUCAACGCCUGCGACUUUGGCGCGCUCCUGAUGCCCUCCGGAGCCGUCCUCAAUGACUCGGUCGAGUGGAUCACCUUCGAUGGUGGAUAUGACAUGGCCUUCCUCCUCAGGAUACUGACGGGCCGCAGGCUCCCCGAGACCCGGGAGGGGUUCUUCGAGCUCGUCAACAUCUUCUUCCCGACGGUGUACGACGUCAAGCACCUGACGGCAUUCUGCGAUGAUCUCGAUGGGGGGUUCGUCCAGGUCGCCGAGCAGUUGGGCGUGGAGAAGGUCGGCGUCUGCCACCAGGCGGGCUGCGACAGCUUGGUCACCGCUCGCGUAUUUAGGAAGAUGAAGGAGAAGUACUUCGAUGGAGCCAUUGAGAAAUACGGUGGGUCGCUGCAUGGUCUCAACCUCAAUAACUGA